AUGAUAUCAAAAAUAAUUAAACAAGUGAUACAAUUAGGGGCUGUUGGAGUAACCGGGUACUAUGUGGGCCACUAUAAUAAUAAAAAGGCUUUUAUUGAUAGUUAUGUAGAAGUUGAUGGUAAAAGACUUAAAAGUAUGCCUGGAUUACCAAUAUUUGGAACGGUGUCUGCGGCUACACCUUAUAUUGAAAGUGGACCUACAAGGGUAUCCCAAAUUAUGAAAUAUGGUUUCCCUGGCUUAGACAAUGUACGUUCAUAUGAUGACUUUGUCUUAUCCUAUGAUCGGCGUAAUAGGGUACCCCACUGGGUGUUUGAACACUUAACCAAAGCUCAUGUGGAGAAGAAUGAUGAGAUUGAUAGAAGCAAAUGUGACUUUACACCGGAUGAGAGUAUACAUCCGUUCUUUAGAUCGCAGAACACUGACUACAAGGGAUCUGGCUAUGACAGAGGUCACAUGGCUGCAGCCGGAAACCAUAAACUAUCUCAGAAGCAUGUUGAGCAAACAUUCUAUCUAACCAACAUGGCUCCACAGGUAGGCGAGGGAUUUAACAGACAUGCGUGGAAUCGGCUUGAGAAACACGUGAGAAAGUUGACGAAGGUGUAUGACAACGUAUACUGCUGCACGGGCCCUCUUUAUCUUCCUAGGAAGGAAUCGGAUGGCAAAUGGUAUAUCCGGUAUCAGGUGAUUGGUGCCAACACAGUAGCUGUUCCCACACAUUUUUACAAGGUCGUGGUGGGCGAAGGCUCUGAUGGGACUCUUGAUAUGGAGGCUUAUGUGAUGCCCAACCAAAAAAUCCCCGAUGAAACUCCCAUAUCUUCCUUCAUGGUACCACCGGAAACUAUAGAAAAAGCAGCAGGACUUUUAUUUUUCGACAAAAUCCACAGAAGUAAAUUGACCAAAAUUAAUGGACGAAAAGUGUGA